CAUUCUCAAAACAGCUGGCCUAGAAGAUCUCCUGUCCACACCUGAUGUGAGUGCCAACUUGACUCCUAUUCGCUAUCUCAUUGUUAGGCACAAAAAUCUGAACUCAAAAAGAAGGUAUGUAUCAUCUUGUGACUUUUCAAGAAUGAAGUACGCUAAUGUCCUACUCGCCCAAGCUAUCAGGUGCUAAUGCCACCCGACGUCCACCCAUCCAUCCAGCCCCAUGUCAAGUGCCACCAGGCUUUUUCGAUAGCGUGCAAGACAGUGGUCCUUCCUCCACUACACGCCGUCUCCAUCCUGACCCCUCUCUGCAUCGCCUCCGCAAUGCUUUUGCACUGUCCUGGGGAUCACGUCCACGUAUGCUCCUCGCUCGCAUUACCCAACGCUUCCAUCGCUCCAAAUCAAAUGCCGAUGAACAUGUCGAACUCCAGCAACGCACAGGACCUAGUACUUCCUCUCGCCCCAGUCCUCCUGUUGUCGAAGUUCCCGCACUAGAUGACAAGAAGGCACUAUAUGUUGCUCUGCCACCGGAACGAACUAGUGACAAGGUGAAACGCAUCGACACCUCCAAAUGGUGGGUUCGUGUGGUGUUGUUUCUCUGCUGCGUGCCUUCCAGUACCGACCACAGUCCUCAUACCGACGGCGCUCAACAUCAUCCCAGCACAUAGACGAGUGUUUUCAUCUUAGCAUCCUAGUUCUUUUAUAUUUCUGACCAUCAUAUCGAUAACAUGUAUUUGCGCUUCCUUCUUAGGAUAGCAUGAUUCUCAACAUGAGCUCAGCCAUGGCACCAGAAGGUCCUCAAAACUGUCAUCCAUAAGUACUCGGUACUAAGUACAUAAAUAUGUGGGCUGGAGUCAAGACGCGAACUCUUGGAACUUACGUGACUCCUGGUGCCGACGACGGUUAUCGCAGCACACGAGCAUUUACUUUACUUUUGUUACGGUU